AUGUCGACAGGGGUCGGAGGUCGCGCUAUCUGCGUCAGUCUGCUUGAAAAAGCCGACCAGAUACAUGAAGACGAAGAAGAGGCGAGUUGUUCCGAUAAUCUCUUUGAAGAUGGAGGCUUAGAGCCACUGUACCAAAGCUUACAUUCGUCGGAUGAAACUAUAUCACCCCACCAGAUUACACUACUCAAGCUCCUCGAUGGAUAUAUCGACGUUCAACCCAGGGCUUGUGAAUCAAGUCCCUCCCUCUCAGCUUUCCUUCCUAAUACAUUGCUAACACUGCUCCGAACCACAAAAUCAUGGACUAGUCUCGAUCGCCACGGUGCUCGUAUCUCAAAUGCUAUCCAACAUACUUAUGGCGAACAAACGGUAUGGGAAAACGCCAUCGACAAGGAGAACGCUGGACGACCUAUACUGGGAACGCUUCGAGCACAUCUAGUGCUUUGUGGAGCUAAUUAUAGACGUGCUGCGCCGGUUGGAUCAAUUACUUCCUCGUAUUCAAUUUGGAAAGCCAAGCCAAUCGUGACUGAAGCCAAUGCGCCUCCAACCGACAAGGCAUCACUUCCCGCCUCUCGUUUUGAGCUCCAAAAACGGGAUCUAGUAAGGCUGUUGGGUAUCCUUGUACAUGAUGACCCCAGCAUACAGCCCGCGUACGAGAAGCGGGGGCGUGCAACUCGUUCUUGGACUAUGUGCGAUCGACGAAAGUAA